AUGUCCUGCACCAAGUCGGUGGCCACUGACCUCUCCAUGGUGGACAUCUCCAACCUGGAGGGUCUCCAGACUGAACUGACUCAGCUGAGGAUGCUGGUGGUGACGUUGGAAGAUAGAUUAAAGUGGAAGGAGCAGGGCGAGUCUCAGAAAGAGCUUUCACAUGAGGAUUUAGGCCUGAAGCAUGAAGACAUUGAUGUAGAGCUACAAAUACUGGACGCAGUCAGCUUGGUAGCCGUUUUUAAAGAUGAACUAAAUUCAGAACAAAGAACUUCUACUGGGCAGAAUGGUAGAGAGCGUUCCUUGAUGGAGGGUUUGGAGGGUGAACUGACUGUUCAUGUUAAUGGACAGACCUCCACAGAGAUCCAAGAAGCUGUUUGUGAAAAUGAAAAGCAGCUAACGCUUCAGGGGCUGGAGGAAGGAUCUCUACAGCAUGAGCAUGAAGCAAACACUGUGCAGAUGUCCAACACUGAGUUCAGCGGUGAAGACCAGCAGACACAGUUAAAGAUGUGUUCAGUGAAGCUGCUGGACUACAAGAAACUGAUCAACCCUGACAACCAUGUCUAUACCAAUGUGCCAAGCCAAUUGUUGCCCAGCAAUGAGAAUAGAUGUAUAAAUGGAGAACAGAUUCAGAAGAAAGGGAUGAGCAGAAGAGGAAAGCCUCAGAAAUCUUCCUCAUCUUCACUUCACUUCAACAGACAUGGUAAACACAACAGAAGGAGGUCUUGUCCCUGCUCAGAGUGUGGUAAGUUCUACCAAUGGUCAGACCUUAAAGCCCAUCAGGUGACACAUAUUAAAGAAAAGGCUCACAAGUGCUCUCAGUGCAGAAAGUCCUUCAGGACCGCAACAAGAAUUCUCCAGAGGAUUCAUAUUGGAGAGAAGUCUUACCAAUGCAUUCAGUGUCAUAAGGCUUUCACAUGCUCAGAGUACCUUAGAAAGCAUCAGAGAAUUCACACCGGAGAGACUUACAAGUGCGCCUUGUGUGGAAAGUGGUUCUCCAGCCCAUCGUCAUUGUUGCAGCAUCAAAGAAUUCACACUGGAGAAAAGCCUUACCAGUGUUCUCAGUGUGGGAAAGCCUUCUCUCAGUCGUCUAACCUUAAAACACAUCAGCGAGUACAUACUGGAGAAAAGCCUUACUAG